AUGAUUCCAAUCUUUGCCUUUCUUACCGUUCUCCUCGCGGCAGGCAUUUCCGCUCUCCCACAAGCUGUACAAGAUCCUCCGACGAGUCCCAAACCUGUCGAUACCCCCCAGGUUAAGUUCGCCAAAGUACUUAUGAACGAACUUAAGUCACGCUUCACGGUUGAUACUGCAAAGCCCCCUCAGGGGGAAACCGACCCGAACUUCCAAGAUGCGUGUCCUGCAUUCUGGCUGUUCUGCCCCAAGGUUGGGUUUUAUUAUAGACACAUCUUGAGGAAAUUCGAGAGCGCCGAUAUUGAUUAUAUAGUUCAUGAUGAUACAAAACAUUUUAACGCCGGAGCGAACGGAACGGAUCCAGUUGAGGUCACUAGUGAGAAAUCGGUCGCGGUAUGGCAUGCUCGUAGCCAAGGUUGGAAGGUUGGCGUCACUGCGACAGCUACAUCUGACAAGGGUGCAAUGAGCCUCAACAUCGAAUACUCGGAUACAGUCACAAUAACAGAUAUAAACACUAGCGUUAUCAGAACCACCAUGAAGUGCCCGGUCAACACCCUUUGCAAGAUCGAAACCUGGAGCCUGUAUGCGAAAGUCAGAGGGAAAUGCGAGAGAAUUCCUAUGGUCAGAUGCUCCGGAAAUCGGAAUAUGUGCAGUGACAGUGACAAUCUCGUCAAUCGGGGUUGGACAGGCUGCCAGCAGUUCCUCAGCCCAUAUAUGCAGUGUGACGACAAACGGUGGGUGGACUGUAGCUUUAACGUCCCAAUCCAGGAUAAUGCUGGGAAGCCAUAUUCGGUCAUCGUCCCAACCCAGUACAAACCCAUAUGA